CCUUUCCAAGGGUCACAACUUGCACACCUGCCCCAGGCCAGGACAGGGAAGAUGGUGUCUCUCACGGAUUUCCAGAGGAUCGGUGUGGGAAUCGUGGGUUUUGGCCUAUUUUUCAUCCUUUUUGGGGUGCUCCUGUACUUUGACUCAGUUCUUAUGGCCUUUGGAAAUAUCCUCUUGCUUUCUGGCUUAGUCUUUAUCAUCGGGUUCAGAAGGACUUUCAGCUUCUUCUUCCAGAGGGAAAAGCUGAAGGGCACCAGCUUCUUCCUGGGGGGCAUCAUCAUUGUCCUCCUGAGGUGGCCUCUUCUUGGCAUGGUGCUGGAGGCCUACGGCUUCAUUAGCCUCUUCAGGUCUUUUAUCCCAGUAGCUUUUGGAUUCCUGGGAGCUUUGGGAAAUAUUCCACUGCUGAGCAAGCUGUUCCAGAAACUAGGAGACAGCAACUCCUUGGUGUGAGCUAGAAGAAGGACCUACACCUAGGGAAAUAACUUCUAGACAUCCAGAUCCUUGGACAAGGUGCUUUCUUUGCACAUGCUUUUAACAUCCGUCUCUGCAGGCUGAGACCUCCUUGGACUGUACAUGCCCUCCUGUUGUGACUGGAGCAGCGUGGAGACCACAGAUCCUCCAGAAAACAGUGGCUUACUAUGGAAAGUCUCCAUCAUACAAAUCUAGGCAGAGGCUUGUACCUACCCAGGUCUGUGUUUACAAGAAUGAGGUUCUCAAAUCAGGGACUUGUACCAGUUUGAUUCUACUUUUUUCCGAUGUUCUGAUGAGAAUAAAAUUUUCUGUGGAUUAAAAGCA